AUGUCCUUGCUCAGCGUCACAGUAAAAAAGGCGCGCUAUGUUUCCAUGCAAGUACAACAGUUCAACACUUACGUGACACUCAAACUACAGAAUGUCAAGUCUACGACGGUGACAGUUAAGGGUCCGACUCCAUGUUGGGAGCAAGACUUCCUAUUUGAAAUCAAUGACAUCAACCUGGGUCUCUUAGUGGAGGUGUGGAACAAAGGUGUCAUCUGGGACAAAGCACUCGGCUACCACUACCUGCCUCUCACUUCCGUCGCUUAUAACGAGUCGGACGGUGGGGGUCGGUGGGUGGAACUUGAGGCGCAGGUGAUGAUGCGAGGUGGCGCUGUCGUCGGCACCACCGGCCCUACCGGCAAUGCCUUGCUAUUGGACUGCAGGUUCGAGCCGCCUUUCGACGCUGAAGGUACGGGUGGCGCGGACCUGCAGCGCAAACUGGACCUGCUCAACGGCACGCUGGACGCAGAGAGAGCCGAGCAGGCACGCAGGCAGAUGCAGUACAUUGCUCAUUCGGGGUACUCGGAGGACUCGGACUAUACGUCCGACCUCAACUACCCAGUGGGGCAACAUGCCAACUGCAGCGCAUCUCAAUUCCGAAGCGCUGCCCACCAGAUGCACACACCUCAGAGAUCAUUGGAGGUAUCACGUGAGAAUUCGUACGAGAGGGACGAGUACCACAUACACGGGGACACCGACCCGUUGUACUACAACAGUCAGCCGCGAACCAGGAUAGACACAUGGUCUCAGCUCCACGCACAAGUGAGUGUGGAGUCUGCAAUAUCAUGGCGGACCGCGGCUGACUGGCAGUCCGGGGAGGAACAGCGCCGGCCGAGUCUAGAGCGUCAGAACACCCUGUAUGAUGACAACGUGUAUGGGUUCGAGAGCUACUCUGGUAUCACGCACACUAGGGACCAUUCGCAUUUAUCACAGCAGCAAAGUUAUGAAGAGUACUAUGACUCGACGAGCUAUCAUUACCAGACCUCAUACGUUGGAGACGACUCCAGGCAGUGGGACAGUGGAGGGCAGUACUUCUAUGAUGACGGGCAUGGCUUAACUCCCACGGAGUACGAGAACAUCGUGAAUAAGAGGAGAUCUUCUGUUGUUCAGCUGCCGCAAGUGCCGCCUAAACCAUUGGUGCCAUCAUCGAGGUAUUCAGACUACAAUGAGAUGGCACCAUACAGGCCGCGGCCGCGGAGAACUGCUGCAAGUCUUCCUGCUACCCCGUCAUCAACCCCCAAGCGGGGUCGUGCGCUACCGGUGCCCCCUGGCAGUGAGUCGGGGUCAACACGGGGCAGCCGCGGCCGCCGUCUACCCCAGCCCCCUACGCCUUUGUCGUCAUCGAUGACGUCAUAUGGCAGCUUCUCGCGCCCCAGGCGCGCGCCUUCCGCCUCCACGCUUACGCACGUGCCUUACGUACCCGAACCUGAAAGAACUAUACCUGAUGCGAGUUAUGGUUAUGAUAGCUUCGGGUUUCAGCAGCAAGACUUUCAAGACACUGCCACAGCAUCCUAUCCAGAAACUAAUUAUAAUAAUACGACAUAUGAUUCGGAUGGUAUGCAACCUUUCUUCGAUGAAACGCCACACGCUACUCCGCCUGCCGCUGCUCAAAAAACGCCUUGGACUGAAACAGAGACAAUACCACAGUUCACGUACCCUAGCACUAGUGAAAGCGAUUCAUUGUUACCGAAAACAGUGCCAUCAACAGUUUCGUCUUAUUUACCUCAACCACCGGUAACGAGUCAACAAGACACAUACCAAACGCAAAGUUACCAAUACGAAAAUCAACAGUACGAUUCACAGUACGAUAAUCUACAAUAUCAGUACGAUCAACAAGAUCAACAGUAUACAGAACAAACGCAAUAUGAUGAUAAACAACAGUACCAGCAGGAUUACCAGUACGAUUCACAAUUUGAGUCACAAUACCCGGAGGAAGAAAAACAACCAGUUUCCCAUCAGCUGUAUACGCAACAAUUUGAGCAAGACCAACAAUACUACCAAGAUCAACAGUAUUUGCAACACUCGGAACAACAAGCAAAUCAACUACCCUUCCAACAGCAACAGCAACAGUCGCAAUAUCAACAGCAACAGCAGCAACAACAACAGCAGCAGCAACAACUGCAGUUGCAACAGAAAAAGACACAACAGCAACAACAGUUGCAACAGCAACAGCAGCAACAACAACAAGCUAAACAACCUGCGCAACAACUGCAAACGACUGUUUUGACUGGUGCUGCUACAUUGGGUUCAUUUAUGGCCGGUAGUGCGAAGAAGUUGGGAAGCCUUUUUGGUGCAGCUGCAGCAGCAGUUGCAGCUCCUGCUGUGACUCAGCCUCCUCAUACUACUCCUGCGACAACAACUCCAACAAGCCAGUUUACUUCAUCAGUAGCUCCUGUAACGCCGUUCACAAGUACCGUGCCGGUAACAUCAUCCGUCCUAUCCUCCUCGCCCUAUCCGUCAUCCGAUAUAUCUACACCAGUGCAUUCGUCUAGCGCGAAUAUAUCGUCAUCAGCGCCAGUUUCUUUACCGCGAACUCCCUCUCUCAGAAGACAGGAGUCCAUACAAAGACCUUCAGUGCGCCGAACUCGGACGUUACCAGACGCACCUGAAGACUUAACCCAGUCGAGUUUCGACGAAAGUGCCUACGAGGACGAGUAUCAUAAGACUGAAUACGAUCAAUCAACAGACCGCGAUAGGACUUCUUUGGACAGGUAUCGUGAUGAUGAUUACAUUCAUGAUACCAUUCUCGAAGAAGUCCCUGAGGAGAGACGUUUGUCGGAUGUACCGCCAAGCCCAAGCUUGCAGAAGCAAGCGUCUCCGACUAGAACUGUGGCUCAAAUAAGGAAACCGUCAGUUGACAGUUAUCACAGUCAAACGCCGUCGAUUGUUGAUCGUAGAACCUCGCAAAGUUCUUUUCACCCAGAAGAGAAACUUGCUGUCCCUACUUCACAAGAAGAAUCACUCACGGAUAAAUCGAAAGUCACGUUCCAAGACGAGCGCACGACCUAUCACGAGGUACCUGAAGAGACUGACGGCUUCCAAGAAGCUGAACCUUAUGACGAUCAAGUUGAGGAAUACCAUGACGAUGUUUCAUACACUGACAAAAAUGAAACGUUUAUGGAAGAAAGAGAUAAGUUUGAUGACCAGGAACAGUUCCAAGAGACUGAUGACACGUAUCCAGAGACCGAAGACAAUGUGUUCCGUGAGAAGAAGGAGAGACCAGAGGAACAGCCUGAACAGCCGAAGUUGACUCCUCGGCAGCGAUGGCAUCGAGCCUACAAUAAGAUCGUGAUGCAGCUGAAUAAUGGAUCCGGUGGCUUCAACGAGCAAGGUGGCAGAGGAAAUGGGCACGUCACGGAUAAUCCGUUCUACAGCAACAUUGACAGCAUGCCGGACAUUAGACCAAGGAGAAAAUCCAUCCCCCUCGUCUCAGAACUUACAAUGGCGGCUACGAAGAGGAAUGCAGGUUUGACAUCAGCUGUACAUCGAGCCACAUUGAACGAUGAAGAACUGAAAAUGCACGUAUACAAGAAGACUCUGCAAGCGCUCAUCUACCCAAUAUCGUCGACCACACCUCAUAACUUCGUGCUCUGGACGGCUACCUCGCCAACUUACUGUUACGAGUGCGAAGGCCUACUUUGGGGCAUCGCAAGGCAAGGUGUAAGGUGCACUGAAUGUGGUGUCAAGUGCCACGAAAAGUGCAAGGAUUUGCUCAAUGCCGACUGUCUUCAGAUGUGUUUCGCAGGGGCGGCUGAAAAGUCUUCCAAACAUGGCGCCGAAGACAAAGCCAAUUCCAUCAUCACAGCUAUGAAAGAACGAAUGAAACAACGUGAACGAGACAAACCUGAAAUCUUUGAACUAAUCAGACGCGUGUUCAGCAUCGAUGGGGACCCUCACGGAGCGCACAUGAGCACAGUGAAGCAAUCAGUCCUCGAUGGUACAUCGAAAUGGAGCGCCAAGAUCGCCAUCACAGUUAUUUGUGCUCAAGGCCUCAUCGCGAAGGAUAAGAGUGGAACUUCAGACCCCUACGUUACCGUCCAAGUAAGCAAAGUGAAGAAGAGAACAAGAACUAUGCCUCAGGAAUUGAACCCCGUGUGGAACGAAAAGUUUUACUUUGAAUGCCACAACUCAUCUGAUCGUAUCAAAGUGAGAGUAUGGGAUGAAGAUAAUGACUUGAAAUCAAAACUACGCCAGAAGUUGACUAGAGAAUCUGAUGAUUUCUUGGGUCAGACAAUCAUUGAGGUACGAACGUUAUCAGGCGAGAUGGACGUGUGGUACAACUUGGAGAAACGAACGGACAAGUCUGCGGUGUCCGGAGCCAUCAGACUGCAUAUCAACGUGGAGAUCAAGGGCGAGGAGAAGGUGGCACCUUACCAUGUCCAGUACACGUGUCUUCACGAGAACCUGUUCCACUAUCUGUGUGAAGAGAACAAUGGUGCGGUGACGUUACCAGCUGCGAGAGGCGACGACGCUUGGAAGGUCUACUUCAAUGAGAUCCCUGAAGAAAUUGUCGAUGAAUUCGCUAUGAGAUAUGGAAUUGAAGCCAUCUAUCAGGCCAUGACCCAUUUCCACUGCCUUUCGACGAAGUACUUGUGUGCUGGAGUACCAGCAGUCAUGUCUACGUUGUUGGCCAACAUCAACGCCUACUACGCUCACACCACCGCGUCAUCUGCAGUGUCAGCAUCGGACCGAUUUGCAGCCUCUAACUUUGGAAAAGAGAAGUUCGUGAAAUUGCUGGAUCAACUACACAACUCUUUGAGGAUCGACCUGUCGAUGUAUAGGAACAACUUCCCGGCGUCGAGUGCAGAGAAGCUCAUGGAUCUGAAGUCUACAGUGGACUUACUGACCAGCAUCACGUUCUUUAGAAUGAAGGUUCAGGAGCUAAGUAGUCCGCCCCGCGCCAGCACUGUGGUCAAAGACUGUGUGAAGGCAUGCCUUAGAUCAACAUAUCAGUUUCUAUUUGAGAAUUGUUACGAGCUGUACAACAGGGAGUUCCAGGUGGAUCCAAAUGAAGCGAAGCGUGAUCCUGCAGACCACGGUCCUCAGCUGGAAUCUGUGGAUUUCUGGCACAAACUGAUUGCUCUCAUCGUAUCUGUGAUAGAGGAAGAUAGGAAUAGUUACGCACCUGUUCUCAACCAGUUCCCCCAAGAAUUGAAUAUUGGUCAGUUAUCAGCAGCAACGAUGUGGUCCUUAUUCGCUGUGGACAUGAAGUAUGCAUUAGAAGAACAUGAACAGCAUCGGCUUUGCAAGUCUUCAGCUUACAUGAACUUACACUUUAAGGUAAAAUGGCUUCACACAAAUUACGUGAAAGACGUGCCGCCAUAUUGCGGAGCUGUGCCAGAGUACCCAGCAUGGUUCGAACCUUUCGUGAUGCAGUGGCUUAAUGAAAACGAUGAUGUAUCUUUGGAAUAUCUCAACGGAGCAUUCAACAGGGAUAAGAAGGAUGGCUUCCAACAAUCAAGCGAGCAUGCCCUAUUCAGUUGCUCAGUGGUAGACGUGUUCACACAACUAACACAAUGCUUCGACGUGGUCUCCAAGCUCGAGUGCCCAGACCCUGAGAUCUGGAAGCGAUACAUGAAGAGGUUCGCAAAAACCAUCGUCAAGGUCCUUGUUGCUUACGCCGACAUUGUGAAGAAGGAAUUCCCUGAACACCUAAAGGAGGAACGAGUGGCGUGCAUCUUGAUGAACAACAUCCAACAGCUGAGGGUACAAUUAGAAAAGAUGUUCGAAUCUAUGGGAGGUCCCAAAUUGGAGCGAGACGCUGCUGACAUUCUGAAGGAUCUACAGAACAGGCUCAACGGGACGCUAGAUGAUCUGGCGUCUAUGUUUGCUAACAGCUUGGAGACACGCAUCACAGCCAGUGUGAAGGAGUUAGGAGAAUUACUGCAGAAGGUUGGAGGCGGCGCAGCCCCUGGUCAACAACAGCCUCCCGUACACCACGAGGCUGAUGAAGUUUUACGUCCACUCAUGGAUAUUUUGGAUGGCUCUCUCACAAUGUACGCGGAAUCCUGUGAAAAGACUGUUCUUAAACGACUACUAAAGGAAUUGUGGAAGAUUGUGAUGAAGAUAUUAGAAAAGACUGUUGUGCUCCCGCCUAUGACUGAUAAGACGAUGAUGUUGAAGAACUUGACGAACAACGCUAAGAACUUGGCAGCGAAUGCAAAGAUCGAAGACAUGACCCAAUUAUUCAAGAGCACAGUGGGCAAACAGGACGUCAAGCAUGCACUAUCCGGCGUUAUGGAUAUAUCCAAAGAGCAUCUGUCAGCGGAAAAGAGUUUGACACCGAAACAGUGUGGAGUACUGGACGCAGCUUUGGACACCAUCAAGCUAUACUUCCACGCAGGAGGCAAUGGACUCAAGAAAGCCUUCCUAGAAAAGAGUCCAGAACUGCAGUCCUUGAGAUAUGCUCUCAGCUUGUAUACACAAACUACUGAUACGCUUAUCAGGACCUUUGUUAGCUGUCAGCAGAAUCAAGACGCUGCAGUCGUGGAAGAGGGAAGCGUGGGUGAGGUGUCACUGCAAGUGGAUCUGUUCACUCAUCCCAACACUGGAGAACAUAAGAUCACCGUAAAAGUGGUAGCAGCAAACGAUCUGAAGUGGGUGAUCCAAAGCGGUAUGUUCCGUCCGUUCAUCGAGGUCAAUCUGAUCGGUCCACACCUCGCGGAGAAGAAGAGGAAAUUCGCCACCAAGUCCAAGAGUAACAACUGGAGUCCCAAAUUCAACGAGACCUUCCAUUUCAUGGUGAGCAACACGGAGCAGCUGGACCUGUUCGAGCUGCACGUGUGUGUUCGUGACUACUGCUUCGCACGCGAAGACAGGCUGGUUGGCGUCGCUAUCAUGCGCAUGACCGAAAUUGUUGAACAGGGUGCCAUCGCGUGCUGGUUGCCUCUCGGCACCCGAAUCAAAAUGGACGAGACUGGCUGGACGAUACUAAGAAUACUUUCUCAAAGGCACAAUGAUGAAGUCGCUCGGGAGUUCGUCAAGCUCAAGUCAGAAAUGAGGACCGAGGCACCUGCUGGUGCGCCAGGUCCAGCGUGAACCACUUAAACAAACCCCACGUGCCACAACAUUCUACACAACCUACCAACUCCAAGACUGCGACUGGACUGAUAGAUCCGGUUGUGAUGUCCCUUAGUAUUUCAAAACAGUUUAAUGUGCGCAAACGAGACAGAAUCAUGUUCUGCACGAUGCGUACGAAAGAGACGAAGCCACUGCAACGGAGUUUGGAAGUGACAUCGGCGCUCUGGCGGCUCCCGGUCAGUGCUCGUUCGUUUUGUUUCGUACAAUCUCGACGGAGAUGUGUUUUGUAAAUAAAAUUUAUCUUUGUUAAGUUAUGCGGAUAGUAGAAUAUUUUGCACAAAUUCGUAAACAUUAGCCGAAAAGACUGACCGUAGGCGGCCGGGCGCCGCGGCGGACGCGACUUAGGCAUCCAGCUACAUACACUUUCCUAUCCAAGAGACACUUAAAACUUCCAUUAUAUGACGAUAACAAGCCCUUAGCGCUCCAUAAUUUUAUUAACUUCGCUCUUUUAAUUCUUUAUUGCUCAGUCGCGAAGUGUUCUUUCCUAAAUCAAUUAGCCCAACUUCUCUCGCUGGGUACCUAAAUUCGCGAACGCAUCGUUGACCCACGAUUUAUGUAAUAAUAUUUAUAUGGACCAAACUGUCGUAAAUACGGAUGAAUUAAUCCUUAAACAUUAAUAUUAAAAAUGCAACAUAAUUAUUUAUCUAAUUAAUCAUCUACUCGUUAUACGUGUACAGUAAGAUAUAUGGCCUUAUGUAAAUUAUUUCCUUUUAUUGGUUUCAAUGCUUCUGUCGAGUCGGUAAUGUGUAAAAGUGUUGAGGAUAUUUCCUGAGUGCUAAGAGGUAUGCGUUUAUAUUUUCCUUUCAGUAAAUGCGUGGUGUAUAGAAUAAUGCGAAGAUUAUAAAGCAUGUUCGUUUAGGUGAUGAGUGUUAUAUAAAAUGGAAUUAAUAAUAUAGUCAUAGCCGUCGUUCGUUCUUGAAAUCCUUUACGCGAUGCUUUUUGACGUCUGUACUUAAAUAUAGAAUUAGAUAUAAAGUUAUCUUGAAGCAUAUAUCUUUAUUCAAACGCAACGUUUAAUACUAAUGGCUUCCGCGAUAAAUAUAGUCAAUCUACAGAGGAAAUCGUGUGUUUUGAUUUACUUUGUACGUCGUCAUAUAAAUCUGACAAAAUAAUAUUGGUGUUGAAAUAUCUGUGUAUUCUAUGAAUGUUAUAGACUUGUCCGUUAAAUGUAUUAAUAAAUGUUACUUCAAAAAGUAUCGCGUAACAAAAUGGAUAAAAAUGUGCGGUAUAUUGUCAUCUUUAAAAAAAUAAUAUAUAAUUAUUUUACGUGUCCCGUUUUGAGUGACCUAUAUUAUAUGUAUGUGAUCCACUAUAUGAACAGAUAUGUAUGUACAUAACAAUAAGUAUAUGUUAAAUGUGUAUAUCACAGUAUUUGCUAUUACUUUAAUAAGCUUGGCCUGUUUGAAGUAUAAUCUAUAAUCUCCAAUAUCUUUUUGUAUAUUAUUGAAAAUUGUGAUAUUGUUGUAAAGAUGACGUAACAUCAUAAUUGUCGUGUUUAUCUGUUUAAUAAAUCCGAUGUUAUAUUGUUAAUAAUAAUAAAUUUUAUGUUACGUACAGAAAUAUAACAGCGGUUAACAUUUCACACCGUAUUUGUUAUAUAUAGAGAAUUUUAUUUAUGUUAAUCAUACAACUAUUUUAUUGAAUAUUUUGUUGUUUAUAAUGAAAGUAAAUACCUUCCAUGUUAAGGCCCUAGUGCUCAAAAAUAAUUUGUUAAGGCUAUAUUACGGCGAAUAACAAUAACGGCUCGUUGAUUUAUUAACAUAAUAAUUAUUAUAAAAAUAUAAUAAUAAUAAUAAAAAAUAUCACAGUCCAAAACUCAAAACACGUUUGAAAGUCGUCACAUAAAUAAUAACAUUUUAAUAAUGUGUACAUUUUCAAUAGCAUUAAUUUAAUAAUAACAUUAUUAUAAUGAUUCUAUUAAGUGCACCUCUGAUAACUUUAUUUUCUUAAUCCAUUCCUAAACUUUUAUAAAUAACGGAUUUUCCUUUUUGUAACCUCUAUUUUUGACAGUUGUAUAGUUUUUAAUGGAAUUUUCUGAAAAUUUUAAUGUCCUUUAAGAAUUCUACCAGUAAUAGAUAUUUGAUGACGUUGAAAAUGCACACGGUGUGUAGAUAGGCACAUCACUAACCGACACGGGACAUAGAUUUUCUAAAUCUUAGCAUUUAUCAUGGAUUACAUAUCUGUAGAUAGAGAAUGUGGUUUGUCUAGUCCAAAUCUCAAUAAUAUAUAUUAAUUAAUUAUAUAUUUACUCGUCUUAUUAUAAUAUAUAGAAAAUACCUUUAUUUCUAAUUUACAUUUCCGAGUUGACUGAAUCUGUAUAACUAUAGCGUAAUAGAAAACAACAAUAAUUAUUACAAUAUUUAUUUUGUUAUUUAACAUCACAAGUAUAAAUGUAGUAAUAAUCUAUUCAAUGUAUUAAUGUGCGCAAUAAUAAUUGAAAUAAUACAAUUGAAUUAGAUUUAUAACAUUCUUUGUCCACAAUAAAAUAGAAAUAAACAAUUUAUAUGUGCAUUACUGCGUUGAAUAGAGCUUUUCCAACUAUAUAUUUUGGAAAAAACAGCGAUGCCCACAAAAAUAAUAAUUAUUGGUUGGUUAUGAUAUGUUCAAUAACAAUUUCAUUAUAACAGAAUCAUUAUUAUUGGUCAUACAUUUGUAAAUAGUUGCAACUCGAACGUAAAGGGAAGCUACUAUAUUGAUGGGAUCGUGUGAUAUCUACAUAAACCAAAAUAUAUCAGUAUUACUUUUCGUGUACUUAAUAAAAAAGAUAAUAUUAUAUGUAAUAAUAAAAAAAAAUCUGUUAUCAAUAACUGUUUAUGAAGAUAUGACGAUUCGAGCUAGUAUAAAAGAAAAGCGCACAGUAUUCAUAAUAUUCUCAUCAAAUAUAUUAACUAACAAUUCGUAUUGACACAAUAAACCUUAUAUAACAUUACAUUUGACAAUACUUGGUAAAUAUUAUUUUGUAAGUGUAAUAAUUAUGUGAUUGUCACGUUCAUCGGCAUCGGAAGUCUGUUACGCUCCAAUUUUAGUAUUAAAAUGUCACUAACAUUGCAUACAUCUUUGUAUAAAUGCAUAUAUGUAAAUGUUACAUGUUUAAACACAUUAUUGAAUUUAGAAUUUUUAUGAAAAAAUAAAUAAAUAUCCGUAUUUCAAAUAAAUUUUGUUUUGUAUUUUAUUAUUGCUGUCCAUGUUCACUGGAUCGUGAAAUUUUUCUUUAUGAUAUGUUUCGGAGAAUUUAUUUAUGAUUGCGUAAUUCAUAAAUCAGUUUUCUAGUCUGUAGGAGUAACAUGAAUUCCUAGACACAAUCUGUGAUUGCGCCUUGGUGAUAACGAAAGAUUUAGGUUUUGUUAAUUCCAAGAAGGAGGUUAUAAUCUAUUUAUUUAUGAACUUAAGGAAGC